AUGCUGCGAUCUACUAGCACUAUCAGGUAUUUAUCAAGUUCGGUGAAAGUAUCCAAGGAUUUGCUAUUGAAAUUGCGUAAACGAACUGGCUUUGCAAUUAGUAAAUGUCAUGCAGCACUUGCGCAACAUAAUAACAAUCUUGACGAAGCUGAAAACUGGUUAUCUGCUCAAGCCGAGAAAGAGGGAUGGGCUAAAGCUAAUAAAUUGCAAAAUCGUAAAACUGCAGAAGGUUUAAUAGGAAUAUAUUAUAAGGAACCAUAUGCAGCAAUGGUCGAGGUCAAUUGUGAAACUGAUUUUGUUGCCCGUAAUGAAAAUUUUCUUAAUCUCUUAAACGAUGUUGCUUUAACAACUUAUCACCAUGGAAAUAUCGCCACAAUGAUUCGAUACAAUUCCGAAGAAAUCGGCAACCUGACAACCCAUGACUCUCAGCGAAGUUUGAUUAAUAUCACUGCUGCCACUAUUGGAAAGAUAGGCGAAAAUCUUAUAUUACGAAGGGGAAUAUUUGUUGCCGCACCGGCUAACGGCAUUUUAAAUUAUUAUAUCCACUCGGUUGGAAAGCAAAUUAGUUCUGAUUUGAAUGUUGGAAAAUACGGUGCUAUAAUUGCGUCAGAAAAUAUAGACAAAAGUCAAUCGACGAGUGAAACCUCUAAACUUCAACAACUCAAUUUGAGUCGUCAAUUAUGCCAGCAUGUUGUUGGCGUAAAUCCUGUUCGGAUAAGAAGGGAUGCCGCAAGAAGUGAAAUAGAUGAAGAUGCCCUAUUAGAUCAAGCAUUUUUGUUAGAUAAUAGUGUCCAAGUUGGAGAAUUAGUUGAAAGAGAAAACCUAAGAGUGUUAGAUUUUGUUCGUUAUCAAUGUGGAGAGGUGGCUGAUGACAUCGAUUAA